AUGUCUUCAGCAGAAGAGUCGCCGGCCCAGCGAGCAGCUCGUCUCCGACGCGAGCGCCGUGAAGCUAAAAUCAAAGAGGGCGGUGCAGCGCGUUUGGAUAAGAUUACUAGUCUCAGCGGACGCACACCCGCAAGCACGCGUGAAGAGGUCUCGCCAUCACCAUCGCCAUCUCCCCAGCCUCCUGCACAGAUUUCAUCCACGGAAAGGCCUCAACCGACACCGGGACCAGCACCAACAUCAGCAUCAGCAUCAGUACCAGCACCAGCACCAGCAUCAGCACCAGCCCAACCAAUGUCGAACCCCGAACCUCAGUCUCCCGAAAACCUACAAGCACAACAGGAGUUAUUCCGUGCCCUUCUUCGCCAAGGCGGACCAUCAUCCUCUGAGCAAGGCCCUCAGGAAGAAGAUCCUACAAUGCAAAUGCUCAAUACCUUGAUGGCAGGAAUGAAUGGGCAAGAACAGGUUCCUGGCGGAGCGGCUGGCGGUCCAUCACAAGCUGAACUCGUGUCAGCCUUGGGAUUCCCUCCAUUUGUCGCGGAUCUUCUUGGAGCUGCAACUCACAAACCGACUGAUGAGGAGAAGAAGGACGUCCGGACAUGGAAAGUCCUGCACAUACUGUUCGCGGUCGCUGUUGGAAUUUACUUGCUCAUGCUUAUCGGAACUUCGGUUUCUACCUACGGUAGCCAGCCACCACCCCCUGCCACUGCACAGAAUCCAUUCCUUUACUUUACGACGGGAGAAGUGGUGUUGACUGGCGCGAGGUUAAUGAGCAAGGGCCGGACUGGGAGAGCUGCUGGGAUAAUGCUCGGGCUUCAACUCUUCCAGGACAUAGUCCGGGACGGUAGCCUUGUCGUGUUCUUGCUGGGGAUGGGCGCUUGGUGGAGCCUUUGA